UGAGAAACCGAAAGCUGCAAUAUUGGACCGGCAAAUUAGUGUCUACUGCUUAGUUUAUAAACAUGAUAUAGACGUAUUCGAAAGUGGUACAACGAAAAACUGAAAUAUAAUUGGAGAUUGUUUCGCUUUAAUAGAAGAAAUCAAAUAUCGGAAAUCAGUGAUCUAGACUAGGACUUACAAAAAUGGCCACAGAUGCAGAGAAACUUGCCAAAUUGUCCAUGGAUGAAGGAAAUGGGUCCGAUGAUGUUGUCAAUCCGUGGAAUGUGUCGAGUUCUUCACAAAAAGGCGUAGAUUAUGAUAAACUUGUCAAUAAAUUUGGAAGUUCAAAAAUUGAUGAUGCACUGCUCAAAAAGUUUGAGGAAGUUACAGGCAAACCUGUUCACCAUCUGUUACGGAGAGGUAUCUUCUUCUCGCACAGAGAAAUGGACCAGAUACUUGAAAUAGUGAAGAAAGGAAAAGAUGAAACGGUGAAGGAAGGAAAACUUAAAACAGUGGAGGAAGGAAAACUUAAAACGGUGGAGAAAGGAACGCCUUUCUACUUAUACACAGGGAGGGGACCAUCAUCUGAGGCCAUGCAUCUUGGACAUCUCAUCCCAUUCAUCUUUACAAAGUGGCUACAGGACACAUUCGAUGUACCACUGGUUAUCCAGAUGACUGACGAUGAGAAGUAUCUGUGGAAAGGAAUUCCCCUUGAGGAAACCAACAGACUUGCUCAUGAAAAUGCGAAAGACAUCAUAGCGUGUGGUUUUGACAUAGAUAAAACAUUUAUCUUCAGUGACAUAGAAAAUAUCUCCUCAAGUCAGGAAUUCUACAAGCACAUGUGUCAGAUUCAGAAGUAUGUCACUUUCAACCAAGUCAAAGGUAUAUUUGGAUUUACGGAGAGUGAUUGUAUUGGCAAAAUCUCCUUCCCUGCUAUCCAAGCCACACCCAGCUUCAGUGGAGCUUUUCCGAAGAUCUUCUCUGGUAAAAAAGAUAUACCAUGUCUCAUCCCAUGUGCCAUAGACCAGGACCCAUAUUUUAGGAUGACCCGUGACGUGGCUCCAAGGUUAGGCUUUAAAAAGCCUGCACUGUUACACUCAACAUUCUUCCCAGCGCUUCAGGGAGCACAGAGUAAGAUGAGCGCUAGUGAUCCAAAUACCUCCAUUUUCCUCACAGACACAGAUAAACAGAUCAAGGACAAGAUCAACAAAUACGCCUACUCUGGGGGUGGCAGCACAGUAGAGGAACACAAGGAAAAGGGGGGUGACUGUUCUGUGGAUGUAGCCUUCCAGUACAUGAAAUUCUUUUCUGAAGAUGAUGAUCGUCUUGCACAGAUAGAAAAGGAUUACUCGAGUGGGGAACUUCUGACUGGUCAUCUUAAGAAGGAACUAAUCGGUGUGCUACAGAAACUGGUCGGGGAACACAGAGAGAGAAGGGCUAAAGUCACAGAUGAAUUAGUGAAUCAAUUUAUGACACCACGGAAGCUGAAGUAUGACUAUUAGUAUAGGAGACUAAAUCAGCUACAAUUUAUCUAUAAACAUUUCAUUAAAAUCUCGCACAAACACUCACUAGUACUGUAUUUGAACAACCUGCCUCUGGUACAUAGCGCCAGUGAAUGUUCUGAACUUAGUUGUAUCGAGAACUGCUGGUUAAAUUGAAGCUUUCUGAUCUGAUGAUAAUGCUGUACCUUUCUGUUUUACUUAGCUUUGGUUUUUAGAAUGAAAAAAGAAAGCAUCUUAAAUGAGGUGUUUUUGGCUGUAGAUCUUUGUUAAAUAAAUGAGAGAGUGGUUUUAUGCUUUAAAUUUUUUUUUUUCUUAAUGAGAAUUUCUUUUUCUGUUUUCCAGUUUCUAGACAAAUGUUUGAUUUGUAGAAGUGACAGUCUUACAGUGUGAAUCACAAGACAAGAGCUAUCUGUUUAAUUCUGUGGCAUUAAAGGUCAUUUUAAAGGUGUAAAAAUAAAUGCUGGAAAUAUGUACACUUUUCAUCGUAUCAUUCACAUAUUGUGAUGUCACUUAUUUCAAAGCUCUGACAAAAGAAAAGCAGGUACAAUCUGUCAUACGCCAGGGGUUGACAUCGAAAUCUGUACAAUUAAAAUGGAGAUUAUUGGUAAUGGAAUCUGUCCCAAUCUCAAGGGUGUGAUGAAGAAAUCCCAAGUCGAGGUGUGAAAUUCUAUAUUGUCUAGUCAGUCAGUCUCCUACAAGUGUUUGAUUAUUUUUCUCCAGCCUACAUAUAUUUCCUUCAAGUUGCCAUGUAAUUGCAAAAGCUUUUGUAUUAAAUAAAUGGGCAUGGGUUUUGUGUGAAUAUCGAAUAUCAAAAGGGUUUAUCUGUAUAUAACUGGGUCUCAGAAAAUUCAUUUCUACCUAAUUAGGUGGUAACAAUUCUAAUGUUCUAUUGUUUUGUAAUUAUCAACACCAGGCGUAGUUGCAAAACAUACAAAUGGUGUCCAUCUCUGUUGCAAUACAGCAUAAUUUUAUAUGUAUAGAAAAUGCUCGGGAAUUAUGUAUGGUUAUUCAUUCAUGUACCUCACAUGUAUUGAGAUCUCACUACUUCAGACCCAAAAUGUCACUGUGUGCAGUUUGUCCUACUCUAAGGGCUGACACAGAAGACACUCAAGUAUGGUAGAGAACGACACAUCUUCAUUUUGCUAAAUCUUUAUUAACUUUGAUGUAUCUAGAAAUGUGUCAACGUAUUAACAAAUUUGAUAGAUCUAGAAAUGUGUCAAUGCUUUACAAAAUUAAGAAUCUUUACUUUUUAGUGGAGCUUUCCAAGCUAUUUGACAAUUAAAUGAUGGAAAUUAAUUUGUCAUAAUUAUGCAUUGAAUCUAAUAAAUAACAGAAUCAACAGUU